CCCGGCCAGGUGGGGAAAGGCGGCUGCGGCGUCGGGGGCCUGGCCGUAGGGCAGUGGCGGCUGCGGGUAGGGCGGCGGGAAGUAGGGCGGCUGGAAGUCGGCGGCGGCGGCGGUCGGCGUGUGGCAGAGCGGCGGCGCCGGCCCGUAGGCCGCCUGGGGCAGAGACGACAGGCGGGCCCCGCCGGCCGCUGCGCCCAGCCCGUCGGGGCGCUCCUGGGGGAAGGAGAGGGGCGCGUUAGGCCAGCCGUCGGCAACCGAAAUACGCCCAGCCUCAAAGGACCCUCCUCGGCUCCCGAGGGGCCAGCCGCCGUCCGGCCCGCUUCCAGGGGCCCGAGGUCUAUCUCUGAAUGACCCGCGGGCGCGGGAGAUUUGAGCUGGGGACAGCAGUCGCCGGCGCGCACGGUGCUCAGCGGGCGGAGUCGCUGUGGCCCCCUCCCGCCGAGAUUUCGUUGGAGGAGGAGGUUCGGAAGGUCCAGCACCCGGGCUCCCGGCUCCCCGGCCCGGUACGCCCCAGGGCCCCCGGGCCCGAGACUACUCACCAUGGCGGAUGGACUGGUUCUUCCUGUCUGGAAGGCCAUGGAGAAGCUGGGAAUCAAGCCAAGCCGUACUUCUUGGAUUUUAUCAGGAUUUGUUUGGCAGACAUCUGUGAAGUGGUUGAGAAGCUCGUACCUGUUUUAUAUUUGCUUCUGCCUCAGUGCUUUGUGGUUGUCAACAGCUACCUGCUCUUCUGGCCCCAUAAUCUUCAUACUGUCCCUGAGAAAUGCCUUGGAGAUGCCAAGGAGAGCAGGUGCCAGCAGGCGAAGACACAAUUUGGAGUUGGCCUGAGAUCUGGGGGAGAAAAUCACCUCCGGCUUCUUGAAGGAACCCCCUCUCUCAAGUCAUGUUGGGUUGCCUGCUGCCAGGACUCUGCCUGUCAUGCCUUUUGGUGGUUAGAAGGGAUGUGCAUUCAGGCAGACUGCAGCAGGCCCCAGAGCUGCCAGGCUUUUAGGACAGACUCUUCCAAUUCUAUGCUGGUGUUUUUUAAAAAAUUCCAGAUUGCAGAUGAUCUGAACUUUCUACCUGAAGAUGAUGUACCACAUAUUCUGAGGCUAGGUUGGAGCAGGGUAUCUUGGAGGAGACAGAGCCCACCUAGAACUCCACUCAGACCCACUUUAUCUUCCAUUGACCAGCAGAGCUUAAUCAGGAAGCUUCGGAAGAGAGAGAGUCCCAGUGAAGAAGUAGCUACAGUGACACAGCCUUCAAAAAUGAAUGAACGAGGUGAUCUGAAUGACACUAGCUCUGCAGAGGUCCACAGCACAGAUACAAUUUCUAAUCCCUUAACCACAGACCUGACUGCGAAGAUUCCUGGUUGGUCAAAUGUAUCAGUUCAACCUGAGGUGUCAGAGGACCCGGGUGCCACUCCUGGCAUUCAGCAAGUUAAAAGCCCUGAGAAAAUCCAGAUGGCUACCCCUCUGCCAGUGGCUCCUUCCUACAGUUAUGCCACCCCUACCCCCCAGGCCUCUUUCCAGAGCACCUCAGCACCAUACCCAGUUGUAAAGGAACUGGUGGUAUCUGCUGGAAACAGUGUCCAGAUUACCUUGCCUAAGAAUGAAGUUCAGUUAAAUGCAUAUGUUCUCCAAGAACCAGAUGCAGGAGAAACCUACACCUACGACUGGCAGCUGAUUACUCAUCCUAAAGACUACAGUGGAGAAAUGGAAGGGAUAGAUUCCCAGGUCCUUAAACUAUCCAAGCUCACUCCAGGCCUGUAUGAAUUCAAAGUAAUUGUAGAUGGUCAAAAUGCCCAUGGGGAAGGCUAUGUGAAUGUGACAGUGAAACCAGAGCCCCGUAAGAAUCGGCCUCCUGUUGCCAUUGUGUCACCACAGUUCCAGGAGAUCUCUCUGCCGACCACUUCCACAGUCAUUGAUGGCAGCCAAAGCACUGAUGAUGAUAAAAUCGUCCAGUACCAUUGGGAAGAACUUAAGGGACCUCUGAGAGAAGAGAAGAUUUCUGAAGAUACAGCCAUAUUAAAACUAAGUAAACUCGUCCCUGGGAACUACACUUUCAGCUUGACUGUAAUAGACUCUGAUGGAGCUACCAACUCUACCACUGCAAGCCUGACAGUGAACAAGGCUGUGGAUUACCCCCCAGUGGCCAACGCAGGCCCCAACCAAGUGAUCACCCUGCCCCAAAACUCCAUCAUCCUCUAUGGGAACCAGAGCACUGAUGAUCACGGUAUCACCAGCUAUGAGUGGUCACUCAGCCCAAACAGCAAAGGGAAAGUGAUGGAGAUGCAGGGUGUUAGAACACCGACCCUGCAGCUCUCUGCCAUGCAAGAAGGAGACUAUACUUACCAACUCACAGUGACUGACACAAUAGGACAGCAGGCCACCGCUCAAGUGACUGUUAUUGUGCAGCCUGAAAACAACAAGCCUCCACAGGCAGAUGCAGGCCCAGAUAAAGAGCUGACUCUUCCCGUGGAUAGCACAACCCUGGAUGGCAGCAAGAGCUCAGACGAUCAGAAAAUCACCUCAUAUCUCUGGGAGAAAGCACAGGGACCUGAUGGGGUACAGCUCAAGAAUGCUAACAGCAGUGUCGCCACUGUGACUGGGCUGCAAGUCGGAACCUAUGUGUUCACCUUGACCGUCAAAGAUGAGAGGAACCUGCAAAGCCAGAGCUCUGUGAAUGUCAUUGUCAAAGAAGAAAUGAACAAACCACCUGUAGCCAAGAUAACUGGGAAUGUGGUAAUUACCUUGCCCACGGAUACGGCAGAGCUGGACGGCUCCAAGUCCUCAGAUGACAAGGGAAUAGUCAGCUACCUCUGGACUCGAGAUGAGGGGAGCCCAGCAGCAGGAGAGGUGUUAAAUCACUCUGACCACCACCCCAUCCUCUUUCUUUCCAACUUGGUUGAGGGAAUCUACACAUUUCACCUGAAAGUGACUGAUGCGAAGGGUGAGAGUGACACAGACCGAACCACUGUGGAGGUGAAACCUGAUCCCAGGAAAAACAACCUGGUGGAGAUCAUCUUGGAUGUCAACGUCAGUCAGCUAACUGAGAGGCUGAAGGGGAUGUUCAUCCGCCAGAUUGGGGUCCUCCUGGGGGUGCUGGAUUCCGACAUCAUUGUGCAAAAGAUUCAGCUGUACACGGAGCAGAGCACCAAGAUGAUAUUUUUUGUUCAAAAUGAGCCUCCUCACCAGAUCUUCAAAGGCCAUGAGGUGGCAGCAAUGCUCAAGAGUGAGCUACAGAAGCAAAAGGCAGACUUCCUGAUAUUUAGAGCCCUGGAAAUCAAUACUGUCACAUGCCAGUUGAACUGUUCUGACCAUGGCCACUGUGAUUCAUUCACCAAACGCUGUAUCUGUGACCCUUUUUGGAUGGAGAAUUUCAUCAAGGUGCAGCUGAGGGAUGGAGAUAGCAACUGUGAGUGGAGCGUGUUAUAUGUUAUCAUUGCUUCCUUUGUCAUUGUUGUUGCCUUGGGAAUCCUGUCCUGGACUGUAAUCUGUUGUUGUAAGAGGCAAAAAGGAAAACCUAAGAGGAAAAGCAAGUACAAGAUCCUGGAUGCCACGGAUCAGGAAAGCCGGGAACUGAAGCCAACCUCCCGAGCAGGCGUCAGACAGAAAGGCCCGGCGCUGCGCGGCAGCCUGAUGCACUCGGAGUCGGAGCUGGACAGCGACGACGCCAUCUUCACGUGGCCAGACCGGGAGGAGGGCAGACGCCUGCAGGGCCAGAACGGCUCCGUGCCCAACGGGCAGACCCCGCUUAAGGCCAGGAGCCCGCGGGAGGAGAUCUUGUAGCCACCUGGUCUGUCUCCUCAGGUUAGGGGUUGGCAGUGCCAGGGUCCAGAGCACUGCCAGGCUGGUUCUCAUACCUCCCGUGUCUGAGGGCAGCUGUUCUCCCAGCAUCUGCUGGUCACUCCACCCUAAUACCCUCAACCAGAGCUGCUGGUACUUGAAUCCAGAGACGUUCUCUGGGAACCCCUGAAUGAAGCUGUGAACGGAGAGGUUUCCUCUUUAACCCCAUCUGGUAGGUCCCCCAAAUGUCCUCACCUCAGGGCCUCCCUUUUUGCAACCCCUCCCCUGUUCUGAGGGUGGACGCCGCCAGCUCCUGGCCUCCUCUCCAGCUCCUUGUGGGCGGGGUUGCUGCACAGCGACGCCUGGCUGUGUCCCCCACCCCUGGGUACAGAACCAAGCACUGCCAGCCCCCUGCCUUCAGAAGCCUGCCUGCGGGUAUGUUCUCUGUUCUCUUCUUGGGAUGGAGGGAGCCUUCUCGCCAGGCCCAGAGGAAGUGGUGCCCCCUCCUCACCACUGAUGCCGGGCUGCUAGUGCAGAAACAGUAUCUGGCCCAAGAUGAGGGGAGGGCCGGCUGUUUCAGGAACGGAGAGGGGCCCCUCUAGCUGCUGGGCUGUUGUGUCCGAGUAGCCAGGCUGGACACAGACUGCCACCCCUCUUCCUUCUGGCCACGCUGGCUGCUUCAGGGAUCAGGCCACCCUUCCCUGUGCCAAGAGGAGACAGCCACAGACAGACUGGAAUGUUACGGCAUGAGAGUGCAUGUGUGCGACUGCCCCACGGCAGUCUCCUCUAUGUCUGUCUGUUUGACCGAGUGUCUUCUCUCUGUGUCCCUUGCACAUGCGUGCGUGUGUUAGAGUGAGUGUGUGUGCCUCAACUCCUCCUAGGGCUCCUGGCUACUCAAGGCAACCUUGACCUGGACAGCUUUUCAGCUUCGUGGAACAGAGAUUUCCUGAAUCCCUCUGGCCCUGUCACUGGUUCCUCAGCGGUGGUAUCUGGGUGUUGAGGGAUGGGAGCUUUGGGGGAGUGGCUUUUUAAAAAGAAAUGUCCGGUUUGUACUACUGCACUGCAGUCUGUUGUGAGAUGAUUAAACACGC